CGGAGAAUACAAACAUAUUUGAUUCCUUAUUUCCUUGGCACAAUUUUUUUUUUAGAAAGGAUAAGUUUUCAAAAGAAUUGUGUUGGAUUAAUAUGUCAUUUUUUGUCUGAAUAGAGAAAAAAACCGAAAACAUUUUGACAACCGUAAACUUUGCUAGUCUUACCCCUAAAAAUGUCUGGAGAGAUCAUAGUUGAUGCUUUGCCUUAUAUUGAUCAAGGAUAUGAUGAUCCUGGUAUUCGACAAGCGGCUGUUGAAAUGGUAGAAGAAGAAAUAAGACGUUUUCGACCAACGAAAAACUAUUUGGAAAAAAUUCCUAUUUUAAAUGUUACUUUAUUUGAAACAGAAGUUUUGCGACAUGAAUUUGAUCGAUUGCAGAAUCGCCUACCAAUGGAAGUUUUGAGCAUGAAACGUUAUGAGCUUCCUCCACCUCCAGCAGGGAAAUUGAAUGAUCUUGCAGCUUGGCAUGAAAGUGUUGAAAAUAGUUGUGCACAAUUAGAGCAUCAAGCAACUCGGAUUUGCAAUUUAGAACUGAUGAUAGUAUAUGGUUGUGAAGCUUGGAAAACAUAUUUGAAAUUAUUGACGAAGUCAGUUUCAAGCUUGCAAAAACAGAUUCAAGUUUAUAAGAAACUAAUUCAACAAGUUAAUUGGCAUAGAAAAUCUCUUCAAACACAAGGAGGCGAGAAAUUACGAGCUUUUGAAGCAGAAUGGGUGGCACUGGUAUCAAAAAAUUAUCAAAUUGAGCAAGCGUGUGUUUAUGUAGAAAAUAGCAUGAUAACCUUAAGUAUGCAAUAAAUUAUCCAAGUUAGUUAUUAA